CGAGCCCUUGGCAGCGGCCAGCGGAUAACGGACAUGAUUCCUCCGACUAACAUAGGCCUAAUUUCGUAAUAUUGUUGAAAUAAUUAAAUCAUUAAAUACAUAAAUACUUUUUCUUUUUCUUUUAUCUAUUUUCCCUCUCCAUUUCCCUCUUUCCAUACACGAUCGUCAGCUGAAGAUCGCCGUCGCCGGGUGUAAGCUUCUCCGCCGCCGGCGGCCUCCUCCACACGUCAACGCGAUUUAUUUGUUCCUAAUUCGAUUUCGUAUCGGAUAUAUCGCGAUUCUCGUGUAGCUGAAGAGGAGGCGGGGUAGAUAAAGGGGGGAAAGGGAACCAGGCGCGGUGGCGCGUUGGAUUGGAAAUAAUGAUUACCCGAUCGAAAUUGGCGGAACAGCUGAGAGAAUAUCAGAUUCGUUCGAAGCAUGAUUGGGCUUCCGUUUCGUUUUUCUCCUCAACAGCCAAUGUCGCCUCUUCGAGGGUCGACGUUGCAAUCUUUGUUAUAUGCGAGCUUGUCAUACUCGCAUUCCUCGUUUUCUCAGCUGUUUCCCUGUAUUUUACACACGUGACGCUCGCUGUUGUUUUUAUAUUCUUUACUAUGGUAUUGCUUUUAUUGAUGAAAGUUACUAAGAAAGUAAGACUUGCUCGCAAGAAGAAGCGAAGGAUGCUUCUUCCUUUAUCUAUGUAAUUGGGAGACUAUUGCCAUGUAGAUUGCAAGGAUUCUUGUUCACUGCAUUUGGUAAAUUUUUAUGAUAGAUUAUCACACUCUUUAUACUUCAAGCCAUGUACUCCUAUGUAGACUUGCAAGGAUUCUUGAUCAUUGCUUUUUGUCAAUUUUUUUAUGAUAGAUUAUCAAACUUUGUAAA